AUGGCCAGUCAAACUGGAUUUCCAUUCAUGGAAUUCGACUCUUCAGAUCCUUUAGCAGGUCUCGAGGACAGAGGUUCGCUCAACUUCAGUUCGCCUGCACACCCAGAAAAUCGUCCGCACCGCCGCCGACUUGUUCCUUCAUUAACAAGUAGUGAGAUGGGAAUCGUCGCCAAAGCAGGCAGCUCUAACCCAGCGUUAACCACUCUCGUGACGAGCGGCCAUCCUACGGGACCAUAUAGUGCUACAGCAAUAGCCUCGGGCACAGCAGUUGCCACUGCAACAGCAUUGACCUUUGGUACGGGAACCUCGACUGCUACGGCAAUUGCUGACGGCUCAUCAGUUGCCACCGCUACAGCACGCUCAUAUGAUGCAGGAGUAGCCACUGCCACAGCAGACACUCAUGACUCAUCAUCUGCCGAAGCUACAGCACAUGCAUACGACAAAGGAAUCGCCACCGCCAUAGCAAACGCUUUUGGCUUUAAAGUCGUCAAGGCCAAGGCAAUCGCCAAAGGCACCGAAGUCAUUACCGACACACAAACUAGGCCCUUAAUCUAA